AUGGAGCGGCGCUGGCCCCUGGGGCUCGGGCUGCUGCUGCUGCUCUGCGCCCCGCUGCCCCCGGGGGCGCGCGCCAAGGAAGUCACCCUGAUGGACACAAGCAAGGCACAGGGAGAGUUGGGCUGGCUGCUGGAUCCCCCAGAGGAUGGGUGGAGUGAGGUGCAGCAGAUGCUGAAUGGGACCCCCCUGUACAUGUACCAGGACUGCCCAGUGCAAGAAGGCAGAGACACCGACCACUGGCUUCGCUCCAACUGGAUCUACCGGGGAAAGGAGGCCUCACGAGUCCACGUAGAGCUGCAGUUCACUGUACGGGACUGCAAGAGUUUCCCCGGGGGAGCCAGGCCUCUGGGUUGCAAGGAGACCUUCAACCUUCUGUACAUGGAGAGUGACCAGGACGUGGGCAUUCAGCUCCGACGGCCCUUGUUCCAAAAGGUAACCACGGUGGCUGCAGACCAGAGCUUCACCAUCCGCGACCUUGCGUCGGGCUCCAUGAAGCUGAACGUGGAGCACUGCUCCCUGGGCCUCCUGACCCGCCGCGGCCUCUACCUCGCUUUCCACAACCCGGGUGCCUGCGUGGCCCUGGUGUCCGUGCGUGUGUUCUACCAGCGCUGUCCUGAGGUCAUGCACGGCUUGGCCCGAUUCCCUGACACUCUCCCUGAGCUCGGCGGGCUGGCGGAAGUGGCAGGGACCUGCUUGCCCCAUGCGCAGGCCGGCCCCGGGCCCUCGGGUGCACCCCGCAUGCACUGCAGCCCUGACGGCGAAUGGCUGGUGCCCGUGGGACGGUGCCACUGCGAGCCAGGCUACGAGGAAGGUGGCGGCGGUGGCAGUGAGGGAUGUGUCGCCUGCCCUAGUGGUUCCUACCGAACUGACAUGGACACACCCCACUGUCUCAAGUGCCCGCAACACAGCACAGCAGAGUCAGAGGGGGCCACCAUCUGCACCUGUGAAAGCGGCCAUUACAGAGCCCCCGGGGAGGGCCCCCAGGUGCCAUGCACACGUCCCCCCUCAGUCCCCCGAAACCUGAGUUUCUCUAUGUUGGGGACCCAGCUCUCCCUGCGUUGGGAACCCCCAGCAGAUACGGGGGGACGCCAGGACAUCAGAUACAGUGUGGGGUGUUCCCAGUGUCGGGGCACAGCACAGGAUGGGGGACCCUGCCAGCCCUGCGGGGCAGGUGUGCACUUCUCUCCAGGGCCUGGGGGACUCACCAAGCCUACUGUGAGUGUCGAUGGUCUUGAGCCCUAUGCCAACUACACCUUCAACGUCGAAGCCCAAAACGGAGUGUCGGAGCUGGGCAGCCCCAGCCACACCAGCGCCUCACUCAGCAUCAGCAUGGGGCAUGCAGAGUCACUCUCAGGCCUGUCUCUGAGGCUGGUGAAGAAAGAGCCAAGGCAGCUGGAGCUGACCUGGGCGGGGGCCCGGCCUCGCAGUCCAGGGGGUAACCUGAGCUACGAGCUACAUGUGCUGAACCAGGAUGAAGAACGGCACCAGAUGGUUCUAGAGCCCAGGGUCUUGCUAACAGAGCUGCAGCCAGACACCACGUACAUUGUCAGAGUCCGAAUGCUGACCCCACUGGGCCCUGGCCCUUUCUCCCCUGACCAUGAGUUUCGGACCAGCCCACCAGUUUCCAGGGGCCCAACUGGAGGAGAGGUUGUGGCCAUCAUCUUUGGGCUGCUGCUUGGUGUCGCUCUGCUGCUCGGGAUUCUUAUCUUCCGUUCGAGGAGAGCUCGGCACCAGCGGCAGCAGAGGCAGCGCGAUCGUGUCACUGACGUGGACCGAGAGGACAAACUGUGGCUGAAGCCCUACGUGGACCUCCAGGCAUAUGAGGACCCGGCACAGGGAGCCCUGGACUUCACUCAGGAGCUCGAUCCAGCAUGGCUGAUCGUGGACACGGUCAUAGGUGAAGGAGAGUUUGGGGAAGUGUAUCGAGGUACCCUGAGGCUCCCCAGCCAGGACUGCAAGACUGUGGCCAUAAAGACCUUGAAAGACACAUCCCCCGAUGGCCAGUGGUGGAACUUCCUUCGAGAGGCAACUAUCAUGGGCCAGUUCAACCACCCGCACAUUCUGCAUCUGGAAGGCGUUGUCACAAAGAGAAAGCCCAUCAUGAUCAUCACAGAAUUUAUGGAGAACGGAGCCCUGGAUGCCUUCCUGAGGGAGCGGGAGGACCAGCUGGUCCCCGGGCAGCUUGUGUCCAUGCUGCAGGGCAUAGCAUCUGGCAUGAACUACCUCAGUGACCACAAUUAUGUCCACCGGGACCUGGCCGCUAGGAACAUCUUGGUGAGUCAGAACCUUAGCUGCAAGGUGUCUGACUUUGGCCUGACCCGCCUCCUGGACAACUUCGAUGGCACCUACGAAACCCAGGGAGGAAAGAUUCCCAUCCGCUGGACAGCACCUGAAGCCAUUGCCCAUCGGAUCUUCACGACAGCCAGCGACGUGUGGAGCUUUGGGAUUGUGAUGUGGGAGGUGCUGAGCUUUGGGGACAAGCCCUAUGGGGAGAUGAGCAAUCAGGAGGUCAUGAAGAGCAUUGAGGAUGGGUACCGGCUGCCCCCUCCUGUGGACUGCCCAGCCCCUCUGUAUGAGCUCAUGAAGAGCUGCUGGGUUUAUGAUCGUGCCCGCCGGCCCCACUUCCACAAGCUGCAGGCACAUCUGGAGCAACUGCUUGCCAAUCCCCACUCCCUGAGGACUAUUGCCAACUUUGACCCCAGGGUGACUCUGCGCCUUCCCAGCCUGAGUGGCUCUGAUGGGAUCCCAUACCGAAGCGUUGCCGAGUGGCUCGAGUCCAUCCGCAUGAAGCGCUACAUCCUGCACUUCCGCUCAGCCGGGCUGGACACCAUGGAGUGUGUGCUGGAGCUGACCACUGAGGACCUGACGCAGAUGGGAAUCACUAUGCCCGGGCACCAGAAGCGCAUUCUUUGCAGUAUUCAGGGAUUCAAGGACUGAGCUGCUGCCGAGGGAGAUGCCCCCUGAGCCUUCCUCUUUCCCCACCCUCUCCUCAGGGAGCAAGGACGGGGCCGUGGUCACUCAUGGUACCCUUCCCUCAGCCUACAGGAUGUAGGCUACCGGUGCUGCCCCUGCCCACCCCCGAGAGGAACCUGCCUCUGGACCCUGGAGCCUCUUUAUUUUAAAAAGGGAGGUGGGGGUAGAAGU